GGGGGGAGGGGCCAGUCGGGGAACGACCAGAUAAAACCGGGCAGGCGCAAAGGCAGAGCCGAGGGAGCUUGGUCUGGGGCACGUGGGCAGGCCGGGCCAGGCGGGGCCCCUCGGACCCCCACCCCGUCCCUGGGCUUUCCUUGGUGGAGAAACUAGAGGACAUGGCCCCGUCCUCCCGCUAUUUCCCUGUGAGGAAGCGAAGGCAGACGGGGUGCGGUGAGUUGCCCCCAGUCACACAGCGAGAGUCUGAGGCUGGAUUUGAGCCCAGAUCUUCCUGACCCCUUCCAGUGCUCUAACCACUGUGCCACCCAGCCCCUCCUGGGUAAGGGGCUCAGACUGGGCACAGACGGUGAGGAGUUCCUGGUUUGAUCAGCAGAGGCAGGGAGCUGGAGAACUGAGAGUGCAGAGAGGGAAGACCCCGAGUUCAAAUCCAGCCUCAGGCACCUGCAGCUGUGUGACCCUAGGCAAGGCCCGCACACUCUCUGACUCAGUUUCCUUUUCUGGCUAAUAAGCUGGGGAAGGAAAUGGCUGACCUCUCCAGUGUCUGGGGGACGGGACAGGAAGGGCCGACAUCUGCCGCUGUGAGGAGUCUCUGGCUUCUUUCUGCUGAUGUGGUCAAGUGUGUUUCAGGCCCCGCCCUUCCCCUGGACGGGACCCCCACUGAGGAGGAGGAGGAGGAGGAAGAGGAAGAAAGGACCCCCGAGCUUGUGGCCGCCAGCUUGCAGGACCUGGUGACCUUCCGGGACGUGGCCGUGCACUUCACCUGGGAGGAGUGGAGACUGCUGACGCCCGCGCAGAGGGCCCUGUACGGGCGCGUGAUGCUGGAGACCUUGGAGCACCUGGUCUCUGUGGGGCUGCCCAUCUCCAAACUGGACGCGAUCUCCCUGGUGGGGGGCAGGAGAGCACCGCGGAGGCCUGGAAAGGACGCGCCGAGGAGACGCUGUCCAGGUUCCCUCAAUCAGGAGAUACAAUGUGAAACAAAGGCCUCGAGUCUGAUGUCAGACGGUUGUACGGGAACCUCACCCAACAAAAUUCUGCCAAAGGAUAAUUCCAGGUAUUCCAUGAAAAGAGAAACUCAUUUCAACUUAGAAAGACACAAGGACAACCAAGGAAGAUGGUCCAGACAAGUAACAGCCAUUCCUAAAACAACUUUUAACGUACCUCUCUGUAAUAUAUUUGAGAGAAGUUUGAGUCUGGGCUCGGUGUCUGUUCCACUCCACAGAAGUGCCACAGGAAAGAGUAUUCAUAAAUCUCCAACACUUGGAAAGAGCUUAUGGAAUUUUUUAAAUCUCAUUACAUCUAAUGCAUUAUCCUUAGAAAAGAAUCUUUCUAAAUAUGACAAAUGCAAGAAGCCUUUCAGUUACCACUCAGACUUAAUUAAAUUUCAUCAAAUACAUAAUGGAGAAAAGCUACGUGAACACAGUGAAUGUGGAAAAGCCUUGGAUGAAAGAUCAGAUCUUACCAGACAUGAGAAAAGUGGAAUUGGGAAGAAACAUUAUAAAUGUGACGAAUGUGGAAAAGCCUUUAACCAUAGGGGGAGUUUGACUAAACACACUAGAAUUCAUACUGGAGAGAGACCUUUUAAAUGUAGUGAUUGUGGGAAAGCUUUCAGUGAGAGAGGAAAACUCAAAAGUCAUCAGAGAACUCAUACUGGAGUGAAGCCCUUUGAAUGUAAUGAAUGUGGGAAAGCCUUUAGUGUGAGGGGAAACCUCAACGCACAUCAUCGAAUUCAUGCAGGAGUAAAACCCUUUGAGUGUAAUGAAUGUGGGAAAGGCUUCAGUGAAAGUAGAUUGCUCAAAAGCCACCAGAUAACUCAUACUGGAGUGAAGCCAUUUCAAUGUAAUGAAUGUGGGAAAGCCUUCAAUCAGAAAGGAAACUUGAUGAGCCACCAAAGAACUCAUACUGGAAUGAAACCUUUUCUGUGUAAUAAAUGUGGGAAAACCUUCAACCAGAAGCGUUUCCUUAAAAGUCAUCAGAAAAUUCAUACUGAAGAGAAGCCUUUUGAAUGUAAUGAAUGCGGGAAAGCCUUUAGCCAGAAAGGUUAUCUUAAAAAUCAUAAAAAAAUUCAUAGUGGAGAAAAACCAUUUGAAUGUAAUGAAUGUGGGAAAGCUUUCCGUCGGAAAGGAUACCUUAUUACUCAUCAGAGAACUCAUACUGGAGUGAAAGCUGUUGAGUGUAAUGAAUGUGGAAAAGCUUUUAGCCAGAAGGGUUACCUUAAAAGUCAUAAGAGAAUUCAUGCUGGGGAGAAGCCUUUUGAAUGUAAUGAAUGUGGGAAAGCUUUCAGCCAGAAGAGUUACCUUAAAAGUCAUCAUAGAAUCCAUACUGGAGAGAAACCAUUUCAAUGUAAUGAAUGUGGGAAAACAUUCAGCCAUAAGGGUUACCUCAAAAGUCAUCAGAAAAUACAUAGUGGAAAGAAAUUUGAACAAAAUCAAUGUGAGAACGUCUUCAACCAGAAUUGCCUUGGUGGCCAUCAGGAAAUUAAGGGGGGAGUAAAGCCCUUUGAAUAUGAUGAAUGUGACAAAGCCAUCGGUGAGAAGGAAGUCCUUAUUAGACAUCAGAGAACUCAGACUGAUGUAAAACAUUUUGAAUGUAAUGAAUUUGGGAAAGGCUUCUGCAGGAAAGCGCAUCUUAUUACCCAUCACAGAACUCAGACUGGGUUAAAACUUUAUGAAUGUAAAUGAAUGUGAGAAAGCCAGCAGUCAGAGUAUAUAUUUUACUAUCCCAUAAAAAUACUUCUACGUUAGAGAAACUAUUUUAGUAUAAAGAGUGGGAAAGGGGCUUCUGAAAAAUCGAUAGCCUGGUGUGCUAAAUAGCUUUAUCACUAAAUAUUCAGGUUAUGCCAAAGUGUGUGGCCAGCAAAUAGGAAAUGACUAAACAAAUUGUUAUACGUGAAUAUGAUGGGACAUUGUUGUGCUGUAAGAAAUGAAGAAUAUGAGAAAUUUAGAAAAUAUGAAAAACGUGGAUACAGAAGAAAGUAAACAACUAGGACAACAAUAUUUAUAAUGGCUCCAACAAUGCAAAUGGAAGGAACAACAAAAAGAGACUGAACUCUAUGUAAUAACCAUCUGCAAAUAUGGUCCCAGAGAAUGAGGGGAAAACAUCGCUUUCACUUUUUUGUGGAAAUUGCCAUAAUAUUGCUUAUUCUUUGAUACUUUCUUCAUGUUUUGGUUAUUUUUGUUGACCACUUUUUUCCCCCUUUUCCUCCUUUUCAUUGCUUUCUCCCUUACUCUGUCCUCCCCUGACCUUCCAGAAAAUGGCCCACUAGAGGGGAAGUUGAGGAAGGAUAUAUUUGGAAAUGAAGGUGGUAUAAAAAGAAAAUAUACCAAUGAAUUUUAGCUUUUAAAAACUAUUAAAAACUAGAUCAUGCAAGUUUGAAA